UUUACACCUUCAGGCGUGAAUCGCGGUUUCUUGGAUCAGUGGAUUUCGUUUUCAUUCAGUAUUUGUUUAUCAACAUAUUUCGUAUUUGACUAAAUGCAUAAUUACAAUUACAGAAGUUAUUUUUCAGAAUAAAAUGACAUUCAACCAGUUUAUAUGUCUACAUACCCGUUGAAUAUGAUGUUGCAACACUUGCUAACUUACGUACGUUCAUUUUGCUCAAUUCGAUAUGUAGUUAAAUUUUUACCAACCGGUUCGUUGGCUCCGAGAUUAAAUAUUUAUAGUCAUGUAUUAUUAAGUAAAAAUGCAAAACAGUAUGAUGAUUGUGCGUGUUCGUCAUCAGAUUCCAAUGUGUUAUAUACUUCAAGUUAUACAGAUCUUAUUAACAGUAAUGAUGAUACUUAUGACGAACAAAAUCGAAAUUCAUAUCUAACUUCUUCACCCUGUUAUAAUGACAAUCGAGAUACUGUUUUAAAUUCAUUUUCUAUUUCCAAUUCACGUAAAAAUUUUAAAAAUGAUCAAGAGUCUAAUAUUCCAGUGUAUUAUGUUGAUUCAUUUUCCAAUACAUAUACUAGUUUCCCAAAUUCUGAAAUAAAAUCUUUAAAAAACAAUACUGGUGAUAAUGAUAGUCAGAAAUUAAUUAUGAAAUCAUCAAACAAAUUACAGUACAAUAAUUAUAGAUAUCGUCGAAAAAAUAAAAGAGGAAAGCGCUUUAGAGAUUCUACCAAAAAUAAUGGCAAACUGUAUGAUAAUAAUAAUAGUACUUCAGACACUACAAACACCUCUGAUGAACAUUUUCACUCAUCAUCUAGAUCAAAUCGUAUUUCACAAUUGGAAGCUGAACUUUCUCGUUUAAGAUCACAAAUUGCUCAAUUAAUUUUAGCUCAAGAAUUAGGUAAAUCAAGCACAUCUGACGUAGAUCGAGAUCGUUUUCUUCAUCGUCCAGAUGCAGAUGGUGAGAGUGAUACUGCCACUACUACUGCUGCCACAGGAUCACCUAGUCUGAUGCAACAUGAUAAAACAAAGUUUUACAACAAUCUGUCAGAAUUCCCUAUUCCUUCAGUUAGUUCAACUUCAUCAUUAAUACUACCUCCACCACCAAUACCCCCUCCACCGCCACCACCGCUCAUGAUUUCUUCACCUGCACUACAAGGAGGUAGUAGUAAUUGGAGAGAACAAUUGCAAGCAAAGCUAAGAAGUAAAAAGAAUAAUUCCACGGAUAAAACAUCUACACCAAUAAAAAGUAAUUUGUCGACGUCACAAAAUCCCGCCGAUAUGUCACAAGUAUUGAAAGAAUUACAAAGUGGAUCUAUUAAACUACGUUCAAUACCAAGAUCACCUGGUGGUACACCGAUAAAACAAAAACAGUCUCCCACAAUCAGUGGCUCUGAUCCAUGUGCAAUUAUCGCUCGAGCACUACACUCUAAAUUUUCACAUCUUCGUUCUAUAAUGGACAAUUCUAUUAGUGAUGAAGAAAAGAACUGUCAGUCGAAUAUUCAUCUUGACUCUGGUUUAGGACCUGGAUGUGAAGAUAUUUGGUCACCCAAACGUAAACCCAACGGUUCUCCCCAUUCAUUGGUAUGUCAUUUCUUUUGUCAUACUGAUCCUAUCGAAGGGAUACUGAGCGUACAUCACAUCUAAUAUAUAUUGGAAAUCUUAUAGUCUAACAUUCGAACUGACAGAAUAUGAUUAUUAAUAGACGAUACUAAUGACCUGAGGCCGAGGAAGAUACUAUAAAGUAAACGUCACUUCAAAGCCGACAUACCAUUCUAUUUCUUAAUAUGCAGACGGCUAUUUCGCUGGUGCUUCUUUUGGAGAAAUUCUGGAGGAAAAGUGGUAGUACCAUGCAAUCUAACUACUAAGCAGUUAACUGUGCUAUUCUGUACACUGCCAUCCGGCAUUAUCACGGUUGUAAAGGUUUUCUCUGAGUAAAUUGUCUAGGCUAUGAUAAUGCACCUUCGUCAAGGCGAUAUAGCUCAGAAUCGAUCACAAUGGCG